AUGAGCGGCACCAAGGAUGGCGGCCGCUGUCAGAGGGCAGUGCGCAUUGUCACCGAGCUGUGCCGCAAGAAAAGCCUGCCUGGCCUGGACCUGGACUCCUGCCAGGAAUUCCUCCUGCUGCCCUCAGACCAGAGCCUGAGCAUCUCGGAGCCAGAGCUCUCCGUCAGCCUCCUUGCGCUGGUAGUUGUUGUGUGCGGACUUGCCCUGGUGGCAGGUUUUCUCUUUCUCUUUUGGAAGCUGUGCUGGGUUCCCUGGAGGAACAAGGCCAUUUCUUCUAACCUGGCCAUCUUGCAGAGCGAGGCAGACUGCAGUAAGGAGAGUAUGGCAGACAAGCUCAAGGACGCGGGCACCAUAAGUUUCUUGGAGGCCGCUGUAAAGAUCAGCCACACAUCUCCAGACAUCCCCGCCGAGGUCCAGCUGUCCAUGAAGGACCACAUCAUGCGGCGUUCACGGAUACAGCGGCAAACAACGGAGCCCACCUCUUCCGCCAGGCACAUCUCCUUCAAGAGGCACCUUCCUCGGCAAAUGCAUGUGUCCAGCGUGGACUACAGCGCAGAUGCACCUGCUGUGGCAGAGCAGCCAACUAGCAUCGGUCGCAUAAAACCCGAACUCUAUAAACAAAAAUCUGUGGACUCUGAGGACCCCAAAAAAGAGGCAGCAAAAACCUGUGGGAAAAUUAACUUCACUCUCAAGUACGACUAUGAGAACGAGACUCUGACUGUCCGAAUUCUCAGGGCUUUUGAUCUGCCAGCCAAAGACUUCUGUGGCAGCUCAGAUCCCUACGUGAAGAUCUACCUCCUGCCUGACAGAAAGCGCAAGUUCCAGACACGUGUCCACAGGAAGACUCUGAACCCCACCUUCGAUGAGUCCUUCCACUUCCCCGUGCCCCACGAGGAGCUGGCUAGCAGAAAGCUCCACCUGAGUGUCUUUGACUUUGAUCGGUUCUCCAGGCAUGACAUGAUUGGAGAAGUUAUCUUGGAGAACCUGUUUGAGGCCUCUGACCUGUCCCGGGAGACGUCCAUCUGGAAGGACAUUCAGUACGCCACGACUGAAAGCGUGGACCUGGGAGAGAUCAUGUUUUCCCUUUGCUACUUGCCAACCGCAGGCCGUCUCACCUUAACAGUCAUUAAGUGCAGGAACCUCAAGGCGAUGGACAUCACUGGGUCCUCAGAUCCGUAUGUCAAAGUGUCUUUGCUCUGUGAUGGGCGAAGGCUGAAGAAGAAGAAAACUACCAUAAAGAAAAACACGCUAAAUCCCACCUACAACGAAGCAAUAAUCUUUGACAUCCCCCCAGAGAACAUGGAUCAAGUCAGUCUGCUUAUAUCCGUCAUGGACUACGAUCGCGUGGGCCACAACGAGGUCAUUGGCGUGUGCCGUGCCGGGGCGGCCGCUGAGGGGCUGGGCCGCGACCACUGGAACGAGAUGCUGGCCUACCCGCGCAAGCCCGUCGCCCACUGGCACCCGCUGGCGGAGCUGAAGAAGUCUUUCAAGGAGUGGCGUGGCCGUGCAGCGAGCACCGACAGCCAGGGCUCCUGCCCCUCUCCCAAGGCACCGCCAACCCCGUGA